AUGACUCUGCAAUUCAAGCUCACCUCAACUUUCAUAGCCAAAAACUCAGUACCUCGUCUCACCUCACUCACUGUCUCAUUCACAAAACCCUUACUCAUCGAUACGACGACCCCGGUAACCCCUGCAAUGACCGACGCCCAACCCGAGAUGAAGAUUGAUCCCUCGAGAGCAAAGGCUCUGGUUUCGCAGCUUCAGUCUGUCCAGGAGCGCGUGACCGCCGUCGCUGCGGGGCGAAAUGUUCGGUUAGUGGCAGUCUCAAAGCUGAAGCCAGCCAACGAUAUCCUGGCGCUGCACCAGCAGACCACACCGCCGCAGGUGCAUUUCGGCGAGAACUACGCCCAGGAGCUGGGCCAGAAGGCGGAGAUGCUGCCCAGGAGUAUUCAGUGGCACUUUAUCGGUGGUUUGCAGUCAACACAUGCAAAGAAGCUGGCCAAGAUCCCAAAUCUCUUCUGCGUCUCCAGCGUAGACACCCUUAAAAAGGUCCAGCUCCUCAACGCCUCGCGCGCGGAGCUCAUCUCUUCUUCAUCAGGCGAAAGCCCCGUGGAACCGCUCGGCGUGCACGUGCAGGUCAACACCUCGGGAGAGGAGUCCAAGUCCGGCGCCGAGCCGGGCCCGGAUACGGUCGCGCUCUGCCGCGCCGUCGAGGAGGAGUCGCCCGCGCUCAAGCUGCUCGGCUUGAUGACCAUUGGCGCCAUCGCGCGGAGCAAGGCGACGACGCCCGAGAACGAGAACGAGGACUUUGUGUGCCUCAAGGAGCAGCGGGGACUGGUUGUCAAGGAGCUGGGCUUGCAGAGGGAGCUGGAGCUGAGUAUGGGUAUGAGUGAGGACUUUGAGGGCGCGGUGAAGUUGGGUAGUGGGGAGGUUCGGGUGGGAAGCACGAUUUUUGGAGAGAGGGGGCCUAAGAGUGAGGCCAAGAUUUUGGUCUAG